AUGAGAUCGAUGAGUUGCGCCCGCAAAAGUGCUCUGGUUCCAUGCUUAACGUCGCAAUUCAAUCUCAUAUUGCGUAUACCUGAUAUACCUUUACAAUAUAUAAUGACUGCCUAUAUCAAAGUAAUCAAAGUGAACGCUAAGAAGGAGUGGGGAGACGGUAUGCGUGGAUUGGCUUUGACCACGGCGCAGUACUCGCUUAUGAAGGUAGAGGACAAGGAUCCGCAUCCAAAAAACUGGCGCCCUCAAUUGCUUAUCUGCCUCUCGACACAAUGGUCAAAGGAACUAAUCGAUCUCCGUGCAAUGUCGAUGCUAAAUUUGGCAGCGCAAUUGAAGGCAGGACAAGGCUUAGCGAUCGCGUGUGCAUUUCUGAAAGAGUCUUCUGAUGACAGCAGAGAUAGAUCACAUGCACAAGAGGUUAAAGAUCGUCUCGUGAAAGACAUGGCAAAAGCACGACUGCGCGGAUUCGGAAAAACUAUUUUAUAUACGUCAGAGCAGAUGAGCGGUAAUGUGUCUGCUCUUUACCAGUCAGUUGGCAUUGGUGGUUUACGGCCGAACACCGUACUACUGAACUGGCCGAGGGCAGAUGACCCUGAAGAAAUGGAUUUAUUCGCUGGUGAUGCUUUAUGA